CGUAUCAUCUUUCUCUCUCUUAACCGAACUAAGUCGCCCUCGAAACCAGAUUCCCUCUCUCCACUUUCUCUCUCAUCGCUGUGCUCUCUCUCUCUCAUGGCCUGCAAAUAAUAACGAAGCGCAAUAGCUUCGUGCCACGUCCAAACGAGACCGGACAACGGAAAACAUCGCACCGGUCUCUUUCUCUCUCUAGAAGUCCCCAGGGCAUAUUGUAUUCGUUGCUAAAAACCCGCACAAAUGUUCACUCCUGCGGCAUGCAUAACCUGUCUGAGUGGCGCCAGUGCGAGCUGCAGGCAGUAGAGAGAGAGAGAAUAAGUUGAGAGUUUAGAGAGAGAGAGAGGGGUUAAUGUUUGGUUUGUAUUGUGGGAGGCGAAACCUAGAGAGAGAAAGCGGGGCACACCUGUUUUUUCUUGAGAGAGAAGACGGGUUCCCUAUCAUUGCAUCUCCUUCUUCCUAUUCUGAGAAAACCCAUAAAACUCAGGUGAAUAAUACCUAACAGUGAAGUCCUUAGAGCGAGAGGGGUAGAGAAUACUUAUCAGAGGAGAGAGAGAAUGAAGGAGUGUAGUUCAGAGGAAGGGCAAGGGCAAGGGCAAGGGAAGGGGAAGAGGUCUAGUGAGAAGGAGAAAGAGAAGACGAAGCUUAGAGAGAGAAACAGGAGGUCCAUAACCACGAAGAUAUUCAAUGGGCUCAGGAAGUUUGGGGGUUACAACCUGCCGCCGAGGGCUGAUAUCAACGAUGUUCUCCGAGCUCUGGCUGCCGAGGCUGGAUGGGUUGUCGAACCAGAUGGCACUACUUAUCGUACUCCGGGAUUAGGAGUAUCAAGGACGAUCCCCACAACUCAGCCACUCACAAUCGAGCCCAUCACGAUGCAUCCAAACACAGUCUCAGCCCCAUUGAGUCAUGGGUUUGGCACAUGCACGCUAACUGGACUCGCCCUGUUGGACCCUAUUGAGCCCGGAGACUGCUCCACCACCACCUCUCCACGCCACCCUUCUUCGGGCCCCACACAUCACCGCUCAUCCUGCCCCACCCUGUCGCCACAUCAGCAAGUGGUGGCCGCUGUGUCCUCCCUCUCAUCGCCUUUUGGCUCUCCUGCUGCCUCCAGCGAGGUGUCCGGCCAUGUUCUCAGUGCCGGUAUUUCACCAAGAAGUUCAGUGCUUUCAGGGAGGAAUGUGAUGGACGAUGUGGCAGCCUUCUUGAUGGGAUCGCCAACAGGUGCAGCUGCAUUUUAUGGUGGUCACCAACCUGCACCGUAUGUUGUGCUCCCUCAUGCGCACCAUCCACUACAUCCGCACCCUCACCACCCGUUCCUCUUUCAGGAGGCGAGGGCGUCCAAUCAUAACACUCCGAUUGGGUCGCCCCAGCGCCACCCAUAAAUCCUCCUCUUUUCUCCCAUGAAUCCUCUUCUUUUCUCUUUUAUGUGCCUGCAUGGUUUGCUCUCUGUCCACCAAUGCUUUGUCUCUCCCUCCCUCUCUUUCCUCUUAUGUCUCUCUCUUAACUUCUUGAUUCUCUCUCCAUAUCCAGCAGCUUCUUUGAUUUCCACUUUUUUGUCACAGCUUAUUGCUUUCUCUCUCCCCUUCCUUGCUUCUCUUGAUUCUCUUUCCAUAUCCAGCAGCGUCUUUGAUUUCCAAUUUUUUGUCACAGCUUCUUGGUUUCUCUUUCUCCUUCCUUACUUCUCUGUCAAUCACCCUUGUUGGAUGAAAGUUUUGGGAGACCCCAGUUUUUAUCUUUUGAAAGGGUGCUUGAUGGUUUUAAGUGCACGUGUUUGCAUGUUUUUGUAGUUAUGUAUAGCUUUACACACAACUUAUACAAAUUGGCACAGAUUUAUGAUCC